GAGAUCUCUGCUGCUCCCUGCUGCCUUGGCCUUUUUUCCCUUGGAAAGACCACCUUGUAGCCAGGACAUCACGGCGACGGUUGGGUGACAGCUGAGAAACAUAUGAAAAAAAUUGUCUCAGGUAUCAACUGCUCUUCAGACUUGGAAACGGCAUGAAUUUGUCAUCUUCCUGUAGAAAGAGCUUGGGAACAUUUGCUAGAUCACUGAACAAGACAAAGAAAGCUCCUUGUAGCGUCAUUUCACUUUUAACAAGAAAACAACUCAUGGUUUUUUGCAUCAGUGAUUUUUAUUUUAAGAAGAAUUCAGUAUACACAAUGACUGUUUUGUCAUGCUUAAGGUUUGAAGUUUCAGUUCUUUUUUUUUUUUAAUGAGGAGUUUUGAAUAUAGCAGCUAUGCUAGCACAGGACAGGAAAAGAGAACAGAUUUGGCCAAGAAAAACAAUGGAUACAAACAGCAGAAUGCAAAGGACCAGACCAGUGAAAGGAAAAGAAUGAUGUAGGGAAUUGGAACCUUCACCUUGUUGAGCAGCCUGGUCUAGAGGGAGGUGUCCCUGCCUAUAGCAGAGGGAUUGGAACUAGAUGAUAUCGAAGGUCUCUUCCAACACAAACCACUCUAUGAUUCUAUGAUUGGUAAGCACAGAAAACAGUCAUGAUUCUUUAAGACCUAAAAUCUUUUGCAUGCCAGCACAAGCAGCUGUCUUAGCUAAAAGGAAUUCUUGCAUUCAAAGCGUUCAAGAUAAACUAUGAAUGAAGUACCUGGGAAAAGCGUAGAUGGUGUCUAUUUCUAACACUAUGAAAAGAAUUCGCUUUCUGCUUCUAGUUCACUUAUCAGAUUGCUUCAGCUUUAGUCAGGUGCAUUAAGGUUGGACUAUACUGAAAAUUGGCAGGCAGACACCUGCACAGCAAACAGAUGACACAGGCACUCUGCUAACGAGAAAGGCUUGGCACUACAGAUAAGCAAACUGUGACUCCAAUUCACUUGAAUUGCAAGAGAGUGACUGGGAGAAUAGGCUUUGUAAGGGGGAUAUCUGGUUACCAAAAAAGGUCUCUCGCUGCCUGCAUGGUGUUGCUCUGGUAGUUUGGAUGAAAAGAGUGGUUUAACUUCAGUUUGUCUUUAGUCACUGUCACCUGCCUCUCUCCAAAGGCCCUUCUGUACAAGGACUUCUCUGGUUUGCCUGUGUCUAAUGCUGAAUCACUGGUGCAGAUAAGCACCUCUCGGUGACAGCAUCUAGCUCUUGGGUCACAGACAUCUAUCUCCAGUCCUUCCUCUGGUGAGAUCUGCGUGCAGCCUGCAAGGCGGCAAGUCAAAGAUGAGGCUUUCCAUAAAAGGGGGGGUGGAGCUGAAAUCUCUUGGCAAGAGGCAAGGUCUUCUUGGCUCGUGUUGUUCUGCUUUUAGUUUUUAAUAAGUUCCGUUCUGUUGGCUUUAAUGCACGCUCAUAUAAAGGGUUGGUUCCUCCCAGUCAGACUGAUCAGGUUUGGACCCCUUCUCUGUGCCGCUAUGAUUUAUUUGGCUGGCAUCACAGACCUCAUGCCAUCUAGCAAAGAGGUAAGACCUCUCCUUUCUUUCCUCCUGCCCCUGCCAACCUCUUAGUUUUACAGCAGCAUCCUCACGGAGAUCCCUUCUCCCUUUCCUCCUAGCCUCGUGGUCUCCUGACACUCCCUGCCAGGUUCUCUGAGGAGGAGCAGAAAAAAAGACACCGUGACACAUUAGCCAGGACCUCAGAGUUCCCCUGCUAUGCACUAUCUCUUGCUCUCCAAGUCACGGCAGACCCUCCAAUGGCAAUAACUUUCAUUCAUUUUCUGCCUCAUCUCACUUGAUCAGAGAUUUCAUGCAUUUCUCCACCUUUUCUGCAGUUUUCCUUUCAGGUUCCCAUAGGGAUUCUUUUCAUCACCAGACUAACAGGUGUCUCAGAGUUCAUUUUUAUCCUUUCCAUUAUCAUGAACUGGCAGCUAUUUUUUAGCUUCUUUUUCUGGAGUUCACACAUCCUAAGCAGCCACGAUUUCUCUGCUCUUCUUGUAGCUCCGCACUCCUCUUCCUGGAGACACACUCUUAAAGUCUCCUCGCCAACAGCCCUUGCCAUCUGCUAAUAUAACAUGAAAAAUACUGAUAUAGUAGGCUCCUGCAGUGCAGCUGCUGCGUUACAAGAUGCAGUAGUACAACCAGCCCUCCCCGCAGCCACAGAAAUGUACUCUGACAAGGAGCCUGUGCUGCCCUCCUCCUGAAUUGACAGACAAUUCCUCCUUCCCUCCUGCCUUUACCUGAGCAGAAGUAUGAAAAAUGCAGACAGCUAGGAAGCAUUCGCUAUUUCAAAGUUUUUUUUCUAAGGGAGGACUGGGCAAAAGAUAAUUUGCCCAACAGGCUCUUUCUUCAGGCCAGUGCCAUGCUAAACUUGCAAUCUGAAGGCUGCAAGCUUGAUUCCUGCUGAUGUGAUUGAAAGAUCAAAAGCAUAUUUGAAUUGUGACGCGGUACUAAUGAGAGCUGGACAGUCCUCAGAAGGUUACUGGCGAUGUGAAAUCAACCCUUAGCCAAGGUGGGCUCUAGGAGGGUAGAAAGGAGAUUAAAUUCAGUUCUGUUCACUGCUUCAUCUGGAAAUCCAGAAAAGUCACUACUGAAGAAAUCCAAAGGCAGCAACCAGUUUGUUGGAAUGGAAAAUAAUCACAGGGCAAGGUAGAUAUGCAGGCACUCGGUGGUUUAUUGUGGCUAAAGCACUGCAGCCAAAACUAAUGAAGGGUAAUACCUACAGAGUAAGGAGAUGCACUUUUUUUUUUUUUCCUUAAAAACAGAUGCUUACAUCACUGAAAAACUGAGGCUUUAUGUCACUGUUACCACGGGAAACAACACAUGAAAGAAGAGGCCCUUUCAGGGAGCAAGAGGAACAGCCUCUACUUUCUGAGAACAGGGCUGAUGAAACUGGUACCACAGUGUUGCCUGCUCAUCUGAUAGCCACAUCUUUAAGGGGCUGUUAGCACACCGAAGAGAAGACAUACAUGAACCUGCACCGGUGAUCUCCCAGCGAUAAAUUUAAUACUCCACAGAUGCAGUUUGUGAAAGAUGACUGAGCAGCUACUUUCUGUAUGAGUGUUUUAUUCUGGAGAACAGUAAAGCAGUAAAGCUUGUAUGGAGGAAACACUUCACCCAAAUGUAAGUUAUUGGGCAGAGUAACAAUGUCAUAGGCAGAUAUGAUGGCAGCAGAUAGAAUAAUUGAAUGUAAAGCUAUGUCCAGAAUAAAAACAAUUUGGCAUAGAAGACAUCAGCUCAGCUGGGAUCUAUGAGUCUUUUUCCCUUCCCAGACAACUUCUGCAGCUUUCUUGUUUCUGCCUCUAACUCUGACUCUCCAGUUUCUCUUAUCCAGCAUCUCUUAUCUUAUCCAGCAAGCAGCCUUCCCUGUUGAGAAACUGCUUUUACCUUUGCUCAGUUGGCCUUUUGUGGGACACGGAGAGCAGCAUUUGCAGGCUGCAAGCACAGCUGCUCUGCCAGAGGGACUCAGAACCAUCCUGUUUAGCCAGCAUUUGUCCUGUGCACUCUUCUCUUUCCAAGGACUCCCCAAAAUAGAGCUGGGGGAUUUAUAGUGAAAUUAAUUGCAAUAGCUGGGCUUCCUGCCGCAAUAAGAACCAUAGGAAACCUCAGCCCCCCCUGCCCUUACACCGCACACACACCCUACUUCUCAUUUGGUAUUUUGACCAUUAUCAGCAUUUGUGUAAGAUCAGCAGUAGCUUUGCUGUAUAUAAAACCUGCUGUGGGAGACAUCAAGCAAAAAGGCACGAACUGGCAUGCCUUCGUUUCUUUCCCUAGCAGAAACAAAGCAGACAUUAGGAAGACCAGAGAGCAAUGAAUAAAAAGAGAUUCCCCUAUACUAAGUCUAGACAGCUCUUUUCUUCUGCAGCUACAUGGUAUAACUUUGAGAACUGGUUGUCCUACUAGAAACACCUCCACACAACCACUGAGUGCCCACCUCCUCACUGCACUACAAACUCAUUACUUGAGUUUGAGGUACACUUUUACAACCCAUAAAAAAGAACGAAAGUUCUGCUGAACAAGAGCUCCUCGGUGGCACCUACUUUUAUUAAUCAUUAAGAUGACGCGGCUUCAACUCAGUAAUCAGGCUCUCACUGGAAACUUUGUGUGGCCUUACACAGUGUAAAAUGCAUUUUACUUCUGUUCUGCAUUUAAAGGACUAUCUCUCGUGAGGAUCGACGAGAGAACCACUUGUGAUACGAUCUGCAAGGAAAUACAGAGUUUCCGCUGACAGACACAGCUACCUAUUGACAUCUGCUUUUUGCAGCUGCUGGGUAUCACAGCGUAGGCAGCACGUCGCUGGCAGAGAUACCUGGCCAGAAACAAGCAGUUCUGCUCCACCAGAACUGAGGAGCUUCUUUGCAUCAUUUGAAGAGAAAGAGAGGAGAAAAGGAACUGGGGGAAAAAACCAUGAGUUUAUCAAGCACGGAGUCCCUUGAAGCUGACACCUCAACCUUUUAUGACUUUUAUGAUAAUUAUAAUGAUGCUCCACAACCUUGCAGUAAGGAAACCGUCAAGAGGUUUGCAGCCUCUUUCCUCCCUGUUCUAUAUACCCUGGUGUUCCUGGUUGGGCUAAUAGGAAACACUCUGGUCAUUGUGGUCCUCUUUAAAUACAAGAGACUGAAGAGUAUGACUGAUGUGUACCUGUUAAACCUCGCCAUCUCAGAUUUGCUCUUUGUUUUAUCCCUGCCCUUCUGGUCUUAUUUCAUGAUAGACCAAUGGGUUUUUGGAAGUCCCUCGUGUAAAAUUAUUUCGUGGCUCUAUCUGGUUGGGUUCUACAGUGGGAUAUUUUUUAUUAUGCUUAUGAGCAUAGACAGAUACCUGGCAAUUGUUCGUGCAGUGUUUUCCUUGAAAGCAAGAACUGCCUUCCACGGCCUGAUUGCCAGUCUUAUUGUAUGGCUGGUAGCUCUUUUAGCCUCAGCUCCAGAACUUGUAUUUAGAGAAUCUUUUGUUGAACAAAAUUAUACUACUUGCAAGCUGAGAUAUCCGAGCAACUACAUGACAUGGAAACUCUUCUACACUUUGGAAAUCAAUAUUCUUGGGCUCCUACUCCCUUUUAUAGUUAUGGCAUUUUGUUACUCCAUGAUUAUUAAAACUUUACUACACUGCAGAAAUGAGAAAAAGAAUAAGGCCGUGAGGAUGAUCUUUGCUGUCAUGAUUGUGUUUUUCUUCUUCUGGACCCCCUACAAUAUCGUAAUUUUACUACAACUGCUGGAAGCUACUGGAGUCAUUAGAAACUGUCAAACAAGUAAGAACCUGGACUAUGCAUUUCAAGUAACUGAAACCCUUGGCCUUUUUCACUGUUGCCUCAAUCCAGUCAUCUAUUUCUUCAUGGGGGAAAAAUUUAAGAAGUACCUGAAGAUGCUCUUUAAGAACUGGCAGUUACCUGGAGUUAUUUGUAAGUGGUGUGGACUCCAUAUCACUUACCACACCGAGUCUACAGGAUCGUUCCACACACAGUCAACCGGGGACCAAGAAGCUCUGUAACGCGUUCCACACCGACUGACAAAAAUAAAAUGACAAAAGCAGGAACUUCAAAAAGCUCAGAAAAUGCACAAGCAUUUAGCUUGUCUUUGAUAAUAACUUCAUCUUUGAUUUCUGCCUCUUAGAUUUUCUGAAUACUAUGGCAGAAGCUGUCCUAGAUGUGAGAUCUGGCAGUUGGACCCGUACGCUGUAUCUGCUGCAAUUAGAAAUCACUGCUCAGAUUAACAGCAGCCUUAACUCACAAGUGCUACACUUGUGUGUUUUUCACCAGCACCAAGAAAUGACUGGACUCAAUGCAGGGCAGAGGAGAAACAACUUGCUAUCUCAAAGUGCAUUUGAAAAGUAUCUUCGUUUAUUCAAGGAGUAGGUGGUUAUUACAGUAUUUUUUACCCUCAGCUGAUCUGUGCAGCUUUUGUUUGCUCAAACAUGUAGCAAUCUAUUAACAACAGCAGCUGCUGUUAGAAGUUUAAUCUCAGGGAAGGCUACACCUUCUGCCAUUAAGAAAAAAAGGACACAGAACAUACACUGUGUACAAAGAUGCAAAGCCAGUGCAUUAUGCUGUGCUAUAAUCUAGCUUUGUUUUCUUUCAGGUAUCCAAACUGUCUACGCAUACGUAUAUAUAGGCAUUUUUGAAUGAUUUAAUUACCAUAAUUCAGGAUGGCAAUUUUUUUUUUUUAAUUAACAUUGAUAAUGUGGUGGGUUUUUUUUGUUUUGUUGCUGUUGUUUUUAAAUAAAUCUUUUAAAAGAUAAUUUUUUCCAGCAUGCAUUAACACAUUUGAAGCAUCUUUUAAAAGUAUCUUUUAAAAUGAACGUUCUUUGUUCGAAAAAUACCUAACUCUGAAUUUGUGAGUUGUGAAGACUGAAUUUGUGUUCACGAUAUAAACAUCUGGCAAGGUAAAAGAAAGCAAAGACAGAUUGUAUAGGGAAGGUCUGUCAUAAUUUAGAAACCACACAAAGAAUAGUUGCAUUUGAUUGCAGAGCAGAAGGCAAAGAAAGAUGCCACAGUAGCUGCUUGUAGAUCUACACUUUGUUAGUCGGGUCUGGAACAGGAAGAAAAGUCUCAAAGCAACAUCUAGAUUUUGGCACAAAAAUAAUUUUUUAAAAGGCAAAACUCAGUGAUGUAGUAGCAGCUAAAGUAAGAGCUGGAAAACCUGCAUGGAAAAUAUUCCUGAUGGCUCUUUUUUUUUGCUAAAUGACAGCUACUCAGCAGACUGUCAUCUUUCUUAGGCCAUCGGUAAUGAAACGACCACCCAGCAUUCAAACGUGGCUGCAAAUAGCAGACAAAACUUAAAAAUAUCAACAGGCAGGCAGUGAGAAGGAGCAUUAAGGUACAUAUAUAGUAUUAAAGCAUAUAUAUAUAUAGUAGCUCUGUUGUCAUGCUCACUCCAAAUUAGAAAUAUAAGAGAAAGCUCACCUCCACAUCACAUCCCUCAUGAUAUAACAAACAGACAAAGUAAAAACCAGCACUCUUAAAUGCUCAAGCACACAUACAUCCUUCACAACUCAUUGUGGGGAAUGCAUUGCCAUCAGCACUUUGCUGAUGCAACUUUGGGCAAGGAACUGCAAUAAAGCAGACAAUGAGAAUAGCUGUGGAAGGCAUUACUGCACUAAGAAGAUAUCUUCCUUGCUACAAGAAGUGUGUAAUUCUUACUACUCGGUACAAGUCACUAAAUAUAUCAGAUAUGAAAAACUGCCUCAAGGAGUGUGUUAGUCCAUCUAUUACCCAUUUUUAUAAGGAAGAGCAAGACAAAUUGUAAGUAUCAGGUCUAGGAAAGUCUCAUGGAUGCCAAUGAACAUAGUGAUAUCACUGGUGAGCUGGCAUGACAUGUCAACCUCGCAGAUGUGACACAGUGGCAUUGUGAUCUGCUGAGCUAAACAUCAGUCAAGAGCCUACACUGAUUUGGAAGCAAUACGGUGCAAUACAGUAGUUUGUUCUCCUUGGUCCCAUUCUGUGACCUUCUAGUCAGUAAGAUCAAGCAGGUCCUUUAGAUAAACCUGAGAUCUUGCUUUCCAGAAUAGGGCAAAGGCUCCCUGUGCUGGACUGGCAAAAGUGAAGGUCAGCAAGCAAAAAGCAACCCAUAAGAGGCUCUUGGCGAUGGCAAGAUACGAAAGGUCUGGAGCUCAGAGGAUGCUGAGGAACAGCACCAAGAUGGCAGCAGCCCUGGGCACACACCCUGCAGUGAGGGAGGCCGUGAGCCCAUUCAUGUGUGGAGUUAUAGGGCGCACCCAGCAGCUGCCCAACGCCUCUCUAAAUGGAGACAGCAAGGAGGCCUUUUUCCUCACAAAACUCAGAGGUGCCCCUAGUCACUGCGAGGCUUUCUGCCCUAUAAUCCUGUGCACGUGUGUGCUUCGGGCAGUGUCUGCUGCAGGCCAAGCUCCCCCCCGAGUGAACACUGACCUCUCUUCCCACUGAGCCUUUCCCAACCC